AUGCCACGUAAGCUACGUAAGAAUAUACGUAAGAGGAAGGGAGCAUUGAAACAUCCAAAAGUAAGACUGACACCACAACAACAGUUGCAACAACAAAUGCUGAAUGACCCCACUAUGUUGCAACAAAUGUCAAGCAACCCUAUGCUUUUAAGCCGAGUUAUUGGUGCACAGAGUGGAGGUUUAAGAGCGGCACUUUUAGCGAAAAUGGCAGGCUAUGGUGGAGCUGCAGACGGAACAGCUUAUAACCCUCAAAGUCAAAUGAAUUUGAGUUCACUCAAAAAUCAAAUAUCAGAUGUCAAAAAGUCAAACAUAGACAUACAGAAGCAAAUAGGUGAAAACGAAAAGAAACUAGAAUAUGACAGACACACAAAGAAACUCAAUGAGUUAAACGUAGAGAAAAAGAAGAAAGAAGAACAACUGAAAGAACUAAGUACAGAGGAAUAUGCGAAAAAAGUGUCAGAAAAAGCAGCAGAAGUAGCAAAAAUGGAACAAGAUGUUGUAAAUUUGAAAAACCAUACUACUCAAUAUAAAGUACUGAAAGAUGAAGAGAUAAAACAAAAAGCCCUGAAGACAUAUAUGGAUAGCGAUGAGUAUAAAAAAGAAGUUGAAGCAAAUGUAAAGGCAGAAAAACUUUUACAGUUGCAAAACCAAACCGUACAGUAUGAAAACUUAGCACAAGAAAGUAAAAAUAACGACGCAGCCAUGCAAAAGGCAAUGAAAAGCGCAGAAUAUAUAAAAGCUAACAAUGACUGGUUAGAUGCCCAAGCCAACGCUAAAGCAGCCCAGCUUAUAGGGUCAAUAAGGACAAAAAUACAAGCGGAUGAAGACAGUUCAAAUGAAGCUUUAACAAAUGCUGACUUUAAGAAUGCCUUCGAAGCUCUUCAUAGUAAGGUGA